AUGCUGAUGCAAGUGGAGAAGAAGAAGCUUUUGAGCCAAGCUGACAUCCCAAGCAAGUUUGAUCCGAUUAAUUAUUUGGGGGAAUACUUAAUGAGACACAAUACUCAUUAUGUCAAAGACCCAGGAAUGUCUGGCUACCAGAGGGUGAUGAAAGAGGUCACAGAAGAACUGAAGGUUCAUGUUCCUGAUACGAUCAGCAACAGAAUAUCCAAGAUGAAGGAGAGAGUGAAACAGAAGAGAGAACAAAGAGAGUAUAUAAGCACAGUCAAAGUCAAGGUGGUCACCAUGAGAAAGCAGGCUCUGGAGGAGCAGUUCAAUGAAUGGAUUCUCAACCCCAAAGGAAUGAUUCCAGUAGUCGUGUACAUUUCUUCAUACAUUACGGACUUGAAAAGCGAGGUGUUUGAGGAACUCCUCAAGCACCUGUGCCACUGUGCAGAAGAGUUCCGGGAGAUCAUAACGACCGACAUGCGGAGGCAGAUGUUUGCUGAACUCUUCCUAUACUGCGACACUGGGAAGGUGAUGGCCUUGGAUCGGCAGAGGACACUGGCCUUGCUGGAAGCGUUCUUUGAUAAAACCUCUUCCACCACUAGGAGUUUACUCCGAAACCCGAGGCAAUGGCCAUUUGUCGAAUUUGAGGAGAUAGAGUUGACUGAGUUCUGGGGAGACAUGGAUAUUAAAAAGCACAUUUAUGAAAACUUUGAUGAACUGCUCUUAAAGAUGAAUAUGUUAGCUGCUGAAAAACUUUCAGGCAAACUCACAGAAGACAAAGAUAAAAAUCUCUCACAAUCGCAGGAAGAGAUCAGUACGGACCAAGAGCUUUCUCCAGAGUUAGCAACGGAGCCAGGAACUGCCACACAAGAAACCGCCAAACAGAAAACCCACAGGGCGUCACUUAAAGAACAAGGACAGGGCAUAGGGCCUCGAAAACCAUCUACUUCAAGACAAAGACUAAGCAGAGGGUCAGUGGCAGAGCAAGGAUCCCGCAAAGGCUCUGUAGUGAACCAAACACAGCAGAGAGGGUCGGUGGCACAGCAAGGAUCCCGCAGAGGCUCUGUACUGAACCAAACACAGCAGAGAGGGUCGGUGGCAGAGCAAGGAUCCCGCAGAAGCUCUGGAGUGAACGAAACGCAGCAGAGAGAGACCGUGGCAGAGCAAGGAUCCCGCAGAAGUUCAACCGCAGAACAAGAGCAAGAACCACAAACAGAGCAAGACCCAAACAGAGAUUCAGCGCCAGAACAAGAACCGCCCAGAGGAUCAGUCACAGAGGAAGGAUCACAGAGAGGGUCAAUUUCAGAACCUGGGCAACGCAGAAAAUCAGUUGUAGGUGACUCUAGUACUUCUUUAGAAGCGGGGUCGCGCAGGGGAUCAGUGAUAGAUCAAGGACAGCGCAGAGCAUCCGGAGCGCAGCGCAAAGGGUCAGGAGGACGCAAAAUGUCAGUUUCGGAAAAUGGACCAUAUCAAGAGUCCAUAGAAGAGGAGCCCCUCGGUGAGUCAGAACAUGGACCACAAAUGGACACCAUUCAAGAACAGGAUGCAGACUCGGCUCCACAAUUAGAGGAAGGUGGCACCUUAGAAGAAAGUAAAACCUUAGAAUCCAAUAUAGUGAAAUCUCUAGAAAAAAAGCCUUCGCGGCUCACGCAUGAAGAACAAGUCCCCAUGGAUUCCGAACAGCAGCGCGAGGAAGUUCCCACAUCCAGCAAAAAGGAACAUCCACCAGGUAGCCCCCAAAAAGCCCGCCUUUCAGGAACUUCAAAAAAGGAUUCUCAGAAAGACAAAGCCUGUGAACCAAAGCCCCAACACAUCGAAGGGAAGAAAUGGUUAGGAGAAUUUUUGAUAAGCGACUGGAAGAUGAAGUACAUCAAAUCUGAAGAUGAGGAACAGGCCAAAUUAAUCUGCGACGACUCCAGAUUUACAGACUUACAUGCAACUAUUAGGAGUUUUCAGACUUACAAGGGAAUCAAAGGGAGGAGUGCUUUCGAUGGAGUCUCCCUGGAUCUGCUGCAGUUCGUACAGCUCCUGGAGACAUUUGUUGGUGAAGACACCUCCUUAAGUGUCAGCCAGAACCUCGUCUCCUUUUUUCAGAAGAACUUUUCUGAAACAAAGCAAGAGAAAAUUAAAGCCUUAGAACAGGUUAGACGGAAUUCCUUCCAAGUCCGACGGAGGAUUCUCCUGGAAGCCCUCUUUGAGAAGUGGGACAAUGAUGGCUCAGGCUUUCUGGAUCUGAAUGAAAUUGACGAUCUCUUGUAUACGUACAAGGAGGGGAUGGAAAGAGAAUCUAUGAAGAAAGCUAAACUGCACAUAAACUUUCCAAAGCCGAGUCCUGGUCAUGAAGUCAAACUGUCUUCAAAGCAAUUUCAGAGGUACAUAGAACUGGUCGUAUCUGAACUCAGGGGCAAUGAAGACCAAGUUCUGGAAAACGUUGUGGAAUUCCUGAUGAGUUCUUUAGAGAGGACCCACACUGAGGGUCUAAGGAACUGUGCAAGACGGAAAUGGCUCCAUCAGAUCCAACAUGCUGCAGAGACAAGUGGGGUGUCCCUGGAGCCGGUGUACACGGAAACCUUCAAGGCCCUCACCCAGGAUGCUGAAGCUCACGGAAAUAAGAAGAUCAGUGCUCACAUUUCCCUCCUAGAGGAAAACGUACUCCUGCCUGAGAGAGGGCACGUUCUCUUGAGGAAUGUGGCUUGCACUCUAGAUGAUGCUCCGUUUGUCCUGAACAAAGUGCUGUACAGGGACAUGAAGGGAAUCAGCUUUACAGUAGUGGAUGAAGGCAAGCCAAUCCAUGUGCCCCAAGUUCAGCACCAUGGAAACAUCUUCUUCUGGAACAGUACCCGAAGUAAGAAUGAGCAAAAUGGGUCGUUCCUGGCCCUGCCUCUUCAGGAUGCAUACAUGAGGAUCUUCGGGGUCCUGGCAGUUGACACGCUCCGAGAUCCUCGUGAAAUAAACAUCUUCUUACCUCAUGAGAUCAGAUUCUAUCAGGGUGUUGCCAAUGCCUUCAGCAGGGCUUAUCACUACGUUCACAGCAGGGAACACAUUCUGCACACUGUGCUCACCGGCAUCAGGUGGCUCUUCGGUAUCACGGCUGGCAUCACCACCAUCACUACGUGCUUCAUCGAACCUAGCUCAGAAGAGGAGGAAGACUAUGUCUUGCGCAAUAUGAUGCUUACAGAUCAUCUCGAUGUAGCAGAAAUCCAUGCAGAUCCCCCCACUAUCUCGAGGAGAACGUGCAUCUUCAGGGACUUCCUCUUUAAAUGCACAGACACUUCAGAAGUUAUUUUGGCUUCUUCUGGUGGAGAAACCCACAUUGUCAUUCCACUUCGCCAGACAAGCGGAGAGGCUAUGGGCGUCCUCGAUGUUAACAUUGGCCGGAGUCGGAUGCUGGUAUAUCAAGAGUAUAAAGACCUACAGAAAAUGAUGAAGAUGAUCCAAAACGUCUCCUAUGAAAUACUGGGCGAAGUCUCUGGAGAAAUCGAGAAACAAAUGGUUUUAGAGAUGGAAGUGGCAGGAGAGGUGAAGCGGGCAGGGAUCCUCUUCUUCCGAACCAUGCUGCAGGACCUGCGGGGGUGCCUCCGCCUCCUCGACUCCAUGGAGUUCGUGUCGCUGCUGCUCUAUGAGCACAAGCACUCUGUCGACUUCCUUCAAGAAGACCUCAGUCCCCAGGAGGUGGAAGCCAACGUGACACUUAUACACGACAUCCUGAAAGGAGUCAUCUUGUUCUCUCAGCAGGACAAAGACCCUUUCAGGGACUUGGAAGAGUGGGAAAGAUGGAAAUUUCACAUUAACAAGUACUUAGUGGAGGAAAUCUGUGCGCUUGAUCCAACUGCUAGCAAUGUGGAGAUCAAUGUAGAGCUUAUUACAAGAUAUAUCCAAGAUCAUUCUCGAACUCAAGUCUGGAAAUUCAAGAACAUUGUCAUUGAACUCCUGUACCACUGGAUAAAUAUUUGCUUAACUCUGAUAGAGCUAAAUACCCAACAGGAUAGUUUUAUUGUACCUCCAUUGCCCAAGAAGAGCACUACCACUCUUUAUGCAAUGUCCUCGGAGAGAUCGUUUCGAGAGAAACUGUAA